AUGGCGAAAGGAUUAACGGCCGUCAAAACACGCACGCAACAUGCGACAGACAAUAUUUCCUUCCCCGUACUAACAUAUACCGACGCUCUGCCGCGAAACGACCUUCGCGAGCUGGAUGAUGGGACGUCCUACAAGCGACCGGACCCGGCUACACUCGGACAAUGGGACUUUCACCGACCCAGCACCGCGGAUGGAUAUAGAAAGCCCCCACCCGGUCAGAGCGCUAGGUUUGACUUUCGAGUAACAGCACCGCCGGAUGAAGCCGUCCCAUCAAGGCCGCGGCCGUAUCGUGGUCCGAAAGAGCAGGAAUUAAUAGGAAUUGCCUUGGGAAGCCCUGGAAUGCUCAACACCCAGGGACAAUGUCAGCCCCCCAUAUCGAUCUUUGCGGCGGGGCGUACGGGAGAGAAAUCUGAGUCUCAAAAACCAAGCAAGUGGAAGAAGAUUGGAGGGUUCUUUAGGGCGAAGAAUGCCUUAGCAUCAACGUCGGACCAUGCACAGACAGAUCCUAGCCUAUGGACAACACGAAAAGAGCAGUCCAGUGAGAAACCGCGCAAAGCAAAACAGAGGAACGACUCGAGAGAAGAGUGGCCUUCUCUCGAGAUUAACUCCAAGUCCGAGCCAAAUGCCAGCGGCAAGACCCGCGAAUCCAAGAGAAACCGAAAGCGGUCUCAGUCGGCCGCCAAAGAACCGCAAGGGAAGUCAGCUAGCACAGAGCCUAUGCUGCAAGUGGACAUCCCGGACGUUGAGAUGGAGCGGUACAGUGUUAUGUUCAGCAGCUUAAUCCAGAAGAGGGAAAGACCAUCAUUGCUGGCGCGGAGGAGCAAAACGCUUGACAAUCUGCAAGUCCCCGAUGCGCAUAACUUCCUCAAGCCGAAGGGACUUUCAGUAGUUCAACGACGAGCAACCUCACCGGCACGAACGAGUUUCACACUAUUUCCAACCUCCCAACCCACCAAAGCCGCCCAGGUGCUCGGUGCCCUCGGUACUGGUCCCACCCCGAACUUCUCGCGCGGGCCCAGGGUGAGAGCAUCAACGCUCCCUAUUGAAAGUCCGUUGAAAGCACCCGAGGAGCAACCGAAAGACUCUGCCAACGUGCACAUACUCACUGCGUUCGAGUCACCCGUCAUCCCAAGAGUAUUUACGGAGCAUCGGUCGUCUACACCACGAUCAUCCACGAGCACUCCCCGAAACGAGGACAAACCGCUCCCUGCCCUCAAACCGGAACCAAAAUCUGCUCGGACGCAUCGGCAUACUUCGCCAAAGAACGGCGAUGCGAAAUCGUUAAAGAAAGACCCUCUCAAAAAAGAUACGCUCAAGACAGAUACUCCCAAGAAGGACGCCGCCAAGAAAGACACUCCGAAGAAGGACACUCCCCAUAAGCACACCCCCAAAAACCAGUCCCGCCUUCCAGUUAAGACAGAGAAACGGCCUUCUCCUCCAGCCAAGAAUAAAAUUCUGUCAACAUCUAUCAACACGGAGAAAGUUAGUCGCGUCAUUGUCUCGACCACGCCUCUAUCGGGCCCCGAAUCUGGGUCUUCUCCCGAAGAUUUCACUCGGAUGCCUCUGGCCGAUGAAGAUACCAGCCCUCUCCCCUAUAUCACCCCAGCAGUGGAGGUUUCGAUCGCGAGAUCCGUAUCUGUUUCCCAGGGACCGCGGCAACUGCUCGUCCCCAUCGGCGCCCGAGUUGACCACCUAGACCCCCAUGAGCGGUUGGUGGACCGACAGGCCCUGAUGCCGAGUGUUCAAUACGGACACAAGCAUGCGGUUUCACAGGAACUGCGAAUUGAAUCGUUGUGA